AUGCAAGCUCAAGCGCAAAAACAACGAGCUACAACGGUAACAUCACAUUCCACAGAUUCUAUGCUACUACUGUCAACAAAUCAAGGAGGAAAAAAUUCACGUGAAAUUCCAUAUGGACAAUUAUCACUAACCUUAGAUAGUAAUCAAAAUUAUAAAAAGUAUGAAUCAACUGUAACAAAUCGGGCAAAGAAUCGACGUAAUUCAUUAAUUAUUAUUGAUACGACAACUGUUAUACCCAAUUAUUACAGUAUACGAAAAGAACUAAAACGAGAAUUAAAACUUAGUAAACAGGAUUUUGUUAAUAAUAAUUUAAUCAGUCCUAUUUGUCAUCAAGCAAAGACACCAUUAUCACCAACACAUCAUGCUCAAAAACAACCAUUUGGUAGUAGUUGUGCGGUAAAUAAUGAUAAUACUGCUGCUACAACGGGUAUUACUGAUUCGACCAUUGAUAAACAAAUUUAUAAAUCCAAUAAGAAAACUUCCACGAAUUGUACCGCAAAAGUAUCAGUGCUAGAUGAUAAUAUAAAGAGGAGGACGGUGAUCCAGGCAUCUACAUCGGAAUUACUUCGUGGCCUUGGACAAUAUCUAUCGAAAAAAUGUCAUAUUCGACAUUUUGAGCCUGCUCAACUUGUCAUGUGGCUUAGAACAAUUGAUAGGGCACUUUUGUUACAGGGCUGGCAAGAUGUAGCAUUCAUUAAUCCGGCAAAUUUAGUCUUCGUUUAUAUGCUUGUGAAAAAUAUGGUGGAUAAUGAUACAGCGAUUAAAACAGUGGAAGAGUUGCAAUCGGUUGUACUAACUUGUCUUUAUAUAAGUUACAGUUAUAUGGGCAACGAAAUUUCCUAUCCGUUGAAACCGUUUAUUAUUGAUCAG